UCUUCGCUCGCUUCGGUUCAGUUCGCUGAUUUGUUGUCGUUGCUCCGCGCGGGCAUUUAAUUUCGUUAUUUUAUUUAACAAUAUGUUUUAAUCAAUUGCUGUGCCGCGUUUCGGUUUUUUUAAAUGUAAAGAAAUAUGCAAUAAUUUAAGUGUAAAUUAAACCAGUUAACGAGUGUAAAACAACAAAAACAAAGGCGUUAAAUAUUCCGUCGCUGUUAACCAAGUGCAAUAUUAAUUAAGUGACCACCUCUAGAGUGGGAAAGAGAGAGAAAGAGUGAUAUUUAUUCACGCACUCUAACACACACAUAAACAUACAGACAAAUGAUGUUAUAACAACAAUAACAGCAACUACAACAAUAGUCAACAAUUUUUGUGGUUUCUACCGAAUUCACAAUGGACAACGCCAUGGAACGGCAGCAGCAACAACAACAACAACCACAAAAACACAACAAGCGAAAAAAGCAACAAAAAGAAAAACAAUUUUUACUUGUUUUUAUCAUUUUGACAAUUUGUUGGCCACAGGUCGCUAAUGGCGCCGAUUUGGUCAUCAGUGUGCCAAAUGCCAGCAGUAAUGACAAUGCCUUUUACCGUAUUGACUACAGUCCGCCAUUCGGUUAUCCGGAACCGAAUACAACCAUUCCGGCCAGCGAAAUUGGCCAGGACAUCAAAUUGUCGAGAGUGCUGCCCGGCAGCGAGUACAACUUUUGGUUGUACUACACGAACUCGACGCAUCGCGAGCUGCUCACCUGGACGGUGAAUAUAACGACAGCACCCGAUCCGCCUGAAAAUCUAAGCGUUCAGCUGCGUUCCAGCAAGAGCGCCUUUAUCACAUGGAAGCCGCCGGGAACGGGACAGUAUUCGGGCUUUAAGAUAAAGGUCUUGGGUCUGACGGAGCCACCGCAUACUGAAUACAAUCGCAGCUCUGUGCUGGCUGGCAACGAGACGCUACAGUUGUCGGUCAAGGAGCUGACACCGGGCGGUACCUAUCAGGUGCAGGCGUAUACCCUGUACCAGGGCAAGGAGUCGGUCGCCUACACCAGUCGCAAUUUCACCACAAAGCCCAAUACGCCCGGCAAGUUCAUCGUGUGGUUCCGCAAUGAGACCACGUUGCUGGUACUCUGGCAGCCGCCUUAUCCGGCGGGUCUCUACACCCACUACAAGGUCUCCAUAACGCCCAACGAUGCCAUCGAGAGUGUGCAGAAUGUGCAGCGCGAGGGGGAACCUCCCGGUCCGGCACAGGCGGCAUUCAAGGGUCUUGUGCCGGGUCGACCCUACAAUAUAUCGGUGCAGACCGUCUCCGAGAAUGAGACGUCGGUACCGACGACGGCCCGUUAUCUAACCGUACCGGAGCGACCGAUAAAUGUGACCUUUGAUCCGCAUUACACCACAACGAGCUCAUUCCGAGUGCGCUGGGAGGCGCCUCGGACGUACAGUGAGUACGAUAGCUUUCAGGUAUCGCUGCAGUCACCGCGUCGGGUGUUUACUGUACCCCGCACCGAUGCCAAUUCCCGCCACUUUGAUUUCCCCGAUACUUUGGAGCCGGGCAAGACAUACGAAGUGGUUGUCAAGACCAUAUCGGAGAGUGUGAACUCGUGGCCAGUGAAUGGACAGAUCACACUGCGUCCAAAUCCCGUGCGCAAUCUGCGUGCAUAUCUCGCUGAUCGCACCAAUACGCUAUUUCUCUACUGGGAGCCCGCCGAGAAGGGUACACAGGAUAGCUAUCGCAUCAGCUAUUACGAGAAGAGCAACGAGACGGAUGCGGAGACAUCCACACCGCAAGUGGUGGAAACAAAACAGACGGAAUUCAAGCUGGAUCCAGUGGAGCCUUUGCUGCCCGGUCGACGCUAUCAGAUCGAGGUGCAGGCUCUGUCCAAUGGCAUCAGCUCGAAUGCCAGCAGUUUGAUCCGCAACACACGUCCCGCCGCUCCCAUUAUCCAGGAACUGCGCAGCAUUCCACAGGGAUUGAAUAUUAGUUGGCGCAGCGAUGUCAACUCUCGACAGGAUCACUAUGAUGUGCACUAUCAACGCAAUGGCACCAACGAGGAGCGCACAAUCAGCACCAAUCACACCAGCCUCAUCAUCAAGUAUCUGCACCCCGGAUCCGGAUAUGAGAUCAAGGUCUAUGCCAUCAGUCACGAUAUGCGCAGUGAACCGCAUUCCUAUUUCCAGGCAGUCUUUCCCAAACCACCUCGCAAUCUCACCCAGCAGACAGUGAACACGAAUCUCGUGCUGCUCCAUUGGCAGCCGCCGGAGGGCAGUGACUACAGUGAAUACGCGGUACGUUACCGCACAGCUGCCUCGCCGUGGCAACGUCUGCUCAACGUGCACGAACCUCAAGCUCGGAUCGAGGACAUGCACUAUGGAGAACGUUAUCUCGUCCAGGUGAACACCGUGAGCUUUGGCGUUGAGAGUCCAUCGCCAUUGGAGCUGAACAUUACAAUGCCGCCGCAGCCGGUGUCGAAUGUGGUGCCAUUGGUGGACUCGAGGAAUUUAACACUGGAAUGGCCACGACCCGAUGGACAUGUGGAUUACUAUACCAUCAAAUGGUGGGCCACCGAUGAUUCACAGCAGCUCAAGUACAAGAACGUCUCGCAGCUGCCCGAAGAGCUGAGCUCCAGCAGUGUGCGCAUACCAAUUGAGGAGCUGUCGCCGGGCAGACAAUACAAGUUCGAGGUGCAGGCGAGUUCGAAUGGAAUACGCUCCGGGAUAACGCAUCUGUCGACACGGACAAUGCCUUUAAUACAAUCGGAUGUAUUCAUAUCAAAUGCACAGGAUGAUAUGGACGAGGCAGCAGAGAAUGAACAGGAGCAAUCGGACACGGAGAAGGAGUCGGAUGCGGAUUCAAAGUCGAGGCAUCCACAGAGCAACAGCAUCACAUUGAAUUACACGCCAACUCCGGCGUCGAGUACACGCUUUGACAUCUAUCGCUUCUCGUUGGGCGAUCCCCUCAUCAAGGACAAGGAGAAGCUGGCCAAUGAUACGGAACGUAAGCUCAGCUUUACGGGACUGACGCCGGGCAGACUGUACAACAUUACGGUGUGGACAGUGAGCGGCGGCGUGGCAAGUUUGCCCAUACAACGUUUAUAUCGAUUGCAUCCGUUGCCCAUUAGCGAUUUGCAGGCCACGCAGUUGGAUGCCCGAGAGAUAACGCUGAAAUGGACGGCGCCAGUCGGUGAAUUCACCGACUUUGAGUUGCAGUAUCUGAAUGCGGAUGAGAAUUCGCCGCAGCUGCUGCAGAAUGUGACGGGACAAACGCAAUUGACGCUGCAACGUCUGCAGCCCUAUCACAACUAUACAUUCACGGUCUCGACGAGAUCGGGCAGCGAUGCGGGCAGCGCCAUGAUGCGGACAAGUGCUCCGAUCUCGGCCAGCUAUCAGACACUGCCAGCUGCCCCCGGACGUGUGGACUUCUUCCAGCCAACGGAUGUGCAGCCGGGAGAGAUAACGUUCGAGUGGUUGUUGUCGCCACAGGAGCAACAUGGCACAAUUGAGCAUUUUCGCAUCAGUUGCGAGAAUAUCGAUGAUGCAGCUGAUCUGGUCAGCUAUGAGCUAUCGGCAAAUGCAACCCAGGCACGUAUCCAUAACCUGGUGCCCGGCAAUACCUAUGUUUUUCGCAUUCAAGCGAAAUCCUCGCUGGGCUAUGGCUACGGAGCGGAGCGUGAGCAUCGCCAGCAGAUGCCAAUCCUGGCGCCACCUGUGCCCCUGGCCCACAUCAUGCCCAUCGAGGUGAGCCGGAGCAGUUCGACAAUACAGAUACGCUUCCGGCAAAGUUAUUUCUCGAAUGCACACGGUCUGGUCAGAUGGUAUACCAUCAUUGUGGCCGAGGAUGUGGGCAAGAAUGCGUCCGGACUGGAGAUGCCCAGCUGGCAGGAUGUGCAAUCGUAUACGGUGUGGUUGCCCUACCAAGCCAUCGAACCGUAUAAUCCCUUUACAAACACUAGCAAUUUAAAUGGCGCCAUCGAGGACUUCACCAUUGGCAGCGAUGCCUGCGAUAAACAUCGCACGGGUUAUUGCAAUGGACCCCUGAAAUCGGCGACCACAUAUCGCAUCAAGGUGCGCGCCUUUACCGAGGAGAACAAAUUCACGGACACGGCAUACAGUGAACCCAUUACGACGGAUCGUGAUGAUGUCCUUUGGCUGGGCAUACUGCUGGCAUCGGGUCUGUUUGUCGUGUGUGUGGGUUUGGUGUUGGGUUACUAUCGCUAUCGUUGCAACAGCAUGAAUCGGCCCAGCAACAAGCUGACCCGCAUGCAGGAUGAAUUGACGGCAUUGCCCGAGGGUUACAUCGAACCCAAUCGUCCUGUGCACGUGAAGGACUUUGCCGAGCAUUAUCGCCUCAUGUCCGCCGAUUCGGACUUUCGUUUCAGCGAGGAGUUUGAGGAUCUGAAGAAUGUGGGACGCGAUCAGGCGUGCAGUUUUGCCGAUUUACCCUGUAAUCGUCCCAAGAAUCGUUUCACCAACAUUCUGCCCUACGAUCAUUCCCGCUUUAAGCUGCAGCCCGUCGACGAUGACGAUGGCUCCGAUUACAUCAAUGCCAACUAUAUGCCCGGACAUAAUUCGCCACGGGAAUUCAUCGUCACCCAGGGACCGUUGCACUCGACGCGCGAGGAAUUCUGGCGCAUGUGCUGGGAGAGCAAUUCCCGGGCGAUUGUCAUGCUCACUCGCUGCUUUGAGAAGGGCAGAGAGAAGUGCGAUCAAUACUGGCCCAUUGAUCCGGUGCCCAUCUUUUAUGGGGACAUCAAGGUGCAAUUGAUGACGAAUUCGCAUUUCCUGGACUGGUCCAUAGCGGAGUUUAUGGUCUCUAGGAACUGCGAGUCGCGCAUUAUGCGUCACUUUCACUUCACGACGUGGCCGGACUUUGGAGUGCCCGAACCUCCGCAGUCUCUGGUGAGAUUCGUGCGUGCUUUUAGGGAUCGCAUUGGGACGGAUAUGCGUCCCAUAAUCGUGCAUUGUAGUGCGGGAGUUGGAAGAUCGGGCACAUUUAUAGCGUUGGAUCGAAUAUUGCAGCACAUUAACAAGUCCGACUAUGUGGAUAUCUUUGGCAUUGUGUUUGCCAUGCGCAAGGAGCGCGUUUUCAUGGUGCAAACGGAGCAACAAUAUGUGUGCAUACAUCAAUGCCUGUUGGCGGUGCUCGAGGGUAAGGAGUAUCUGUUAGCCGAGUCGCAUGAGCUGCAUGAGAACGAUGGCUAUGAGGUGACUAAAAUUUACUUAGAACGCUCCAAGGCAACGCCCACAUUGCAAGCCACGCCCAUGCGCGCCUCACUGGCGCUGGCCGAGGAGCUGGACAGAGAGCUGGAGCUGCAAUUGGAGCUGGAAGAAGCGGAGAAUGAAGACCAAGAUGAUUUAGAUGAUGAUGAUGAUGAUCAGCAGCCGUUGAAUAAUGAGACAACGGCAACAUUGUCAAGCGACAGCAGCAGCAACAGUUGCAGUCAGGAGCAGCUAACACAGCAGCAACAACAACCAGUACAACAACAACAACAACAGCAGGCAGCUAACAUUUGCACUAGCACUGAAACAGACACUGACACUGAGGAUGAGGAUGGUGAUGGUAUUGAUAAGAGUCCGCUUUUAGAUGACGAAGGCAUUGCGGAAACAGGCAUCUGAGAGAGAUGGAGAGAGAGAGCGAGAGCGAGUGUACGAACGAGAGAGAGAUAGCAACAUGUAGCUAAAGAGUUGCUGCUGAUAUUUAUAUAUAUAAUACUUAUCUGUUAUGAUAAGCAUACACACAUAUAUACAUUAUGUAUAUAUACAUUUAAUUGUAUGUUUAAAAAAAAUCUGCCUGUGAUGUGCUGGAUGUGAUUUGUCUAUUAAUGCAAUGCACGUUGCAAAAAAAAAAAAAAAUUAAAUAAAAAUAAAACAGCCACAAG